AUGUUGAACGCGCUCGAUUUUCUGCUGUUGAGUUUGACGCUGCCCAUAGUCCUGAUGGCCAGUGUUAUCGGCAAUUACGAGAGGCACGUGCCCGUGUGGCUGAUCAAAUUGUAUCGGUACGGCAGCUUCGGGUACAAGGGGCCCGGCGGGAGGUUUAUGCAAAGCAUCGAGCUGCCGAAGUCCUACUACAGGCACUACUACGUGUUCUCGUCGGUACUCAGCGGUUUAGCCUUGGUUUACAUGUCGCUGGUGUACUUCGUCGGCGUCGAAGUAAACUUGCAGUUUAAGGCUGCGCUGCAGACGCUUCUCGACCAGAGGCAGCCCGCAGUUACAGUAACAUCAGCUCUGGUGGGGAUGGGCCUUAUACACUUGCACUGCGUCCGCCGUUGCUACGAAUCUCAUCUGCUGCAGGUGUUUUCUAGCAGUGGAAGAAUCAACCUAUGCCAUCACGGCGUGGCGUUCAUACACUACGCCACACUGGUGCUCGCCGCCAUUGGGGAGACUCCGUUGUUUUGCGGCGAUCAAAGUAGAGGCGAAAUCCAGUGGUGGGGCGGACACACUAAAGCAGUGUUGCCAUGCGUCGUUCUAUUCCUCCUGGCGUCGUACGAGCAGUACGCGAGCAACGUCAUUCUGGCGAAUCUAAGGAAGGACAAGAAGUCGGGUGCUGUGUUCACAGAGGAGCAUAAGAUACCGCACGGCAGAAUGUUCGAGAUGGUGUCCAGUCCGCACAGGCUCUGCGAAAUUAUUUUGUACGCGGCGUUCGCAGCCCUCAUCCCGACUAGGACUAUGUUCAUCAUGUGGGUCUGGGUCUUCUCCAACCAGAUUCAGAGCGCGCUCCACGCUCACGAGUGGUACAAGAAAACCUUCGACAACUAUCCACAGAACAGGAUGGCAAUAAUUCCGUAUUUGCUA